AGGCCCAUUUAGCAUCCCAUCCACGCCUGUGUUGCUUUUAACUCAAAACUCGAUCUUAUCCGUGUUUUCGUUUGCUGUUGCGUUUCACAGCAGCUGCUAAACUGUGCAGAUUCAGGAAAAGAUAACGCUGUGAGAACGUUUGGUGAAACCGCCGCCACAGAGUGAGAACGUCGAGGGAACGUCGAGGGUUUUUCUGUUUGUCACUGCUCCCAGCUGAUGGGAUUCUGAUGAUCGUCUCUCUGGGGAAGAAGAAGAAGAGUCUGAGAGGAAUGUUUGUGCUGCUGCUGCUGUUAAAGACGUCCUCCUCUGAAAACACACUUCCUCAGAAGACGUUUCAUGUCUUUAUCUCUCUGCAGGUGUCUGGGGUGGUGAUGAUCGGAGUCGGAUUUUCCUCCAUCGAUGACAAGAUACCGGUCGCAGAGCUGUUCGACCAGCUGUCCAGCGGUGACGGUCUCCUGGUUCUGCAGGUCUUCGGUCCGGUUACAGUGUUCCUGUCGGUUCUGGGCAUCUGUGCUGCGUCUCUGAACAUCAAAUCUCUGCUGGGGGUGUUUUCUGCUCUGAUAUUCGUGGAGUUCGUGGCUCUGAUGGUUGUCGCGUCGCCGCUGGUCCAGGUUCAGGCUCAGAUGGACGGCGCCGUAGAGGAGCUGUUCCUGAACGUCACGCCCCUCCACAGAGCAGACAGCUACAUCCAGACUGAACUCCAAAAGCUCGAGGCCUCGGACUCUUGUUGUGGUUUGAGGAGUUUCAAGGACUGGGAGAAUCAACUUCCUGCUUCCUGUUCCUGCACGCCGCCCUCCGACCCGGACGCCAGAGGUCUUCCUGCCAACUCCAGCUCAGACGGUUCAUGUGUGAAGGUCUCACAUCAAAUCUGGGUCCACUCCAAGCCCUGCAGCCCGAUCCUGAAGAGCUACCUGAGUUUUCCCAUCAAGCUCCGGAUCGGCAUCAUCUCGGCCUUCGCCACCAUCACGAUGGCGGCCAUCGCCCUGUGCCUGGCUCUGGCUCUGGAGGAACACUGGAGGACGCCUCCGGUGGAAACGACGGUCGACGACUACAACAGGGUGAAAUAUCAGCCGAAGCCUUCGAACACCUGACGCCCCUCCGACCCGGGACACCCUAACGGAAAUGAAGGCGUUUAUACAUGAAGUUUAAACCACAACGUUCCUCGGAAUUUGAAAAUGAUGCCACAGUGACAAAACAAUGACUCUCUGAUGCAAAAAACCACUUAUUUGUUUUGUUUUGAGUGCAGAGCCUCUAGAGUUGGAGAGUCUUCUUUAAUGAUGUUUUAAAACAGGAAGUUGGGCGACAGACUCUGCUUUUCAACCCGUGUUCAGAGAAUCGGUGCCAGAAAACCAGUCGGGAGGAAACCUGUGGAGUGAGCUUGAUAAAUAAAGGGUUUCCUCCCGUUUAAACGUUUGUCUGUGUGUCGUUUCAUCCUGCAGCCACAAGAUGGCGGCAGAGAUGUAAUAAAUAAAGCUCUGAUGAUUAGA